AUGACCAUUUAUGGUUUUUAUGUUUAGAUAGGAAAAUGAGGCUAUAUUUGGGUGCAAAUUAAAAUGAAUACAGGUAUGCCUUGGUUUGGUUAUAGGUAGGUUUCUUGUAGUGUUUUCCAUUUUAUUAUUGUAAUAAUUCCUAUAAUUGCUGUGCGCUCUUUGAAUCUGUUAAAGAUAUUUUUUAGGUAUCUCUCAUGAAAAGUGAUUUACAAAAAUAUGAAUAUUAAAAUCUGAGUAUUUUAGCUGCACACUAAAGCCCCACUUUUUUUUUUUUUUUUGAGUUAAUAGGCCUGCACUAAGACCUGUGUUUCAUAUCUCAUAGAAAGGAGAUCUAAAUUUACUUUCCCUAAAGGAUGGAUACCUUUCUAAAAUAUUUAGUGAUUGGGUUUUGAAUUUGAAUCUCAAGUGCAACUCUAUGGAGCCACUGGAAGUGGGGAAAUGGUCUGUACAAUAUGUCAAGAAGAGUAUUCAGAAGCUCCCAAUGAAAUGGUUAUAUGUGAUAAGUGUGGCCAAGGAUAUCAUCAGUUGUGUCACACACCUCAUAUUGAUUCCAGUGUGAUUGAUUCAGAUGAAAAAUGGCUCUGUCGACAGUGUGUUUUUGCAACAACAACAAAGAGGGGUGGUGCGCUUAAGAAAGGACCAAAUGCCAAAGCAUUGCAAGUCAUGAAGCAGACAUUACCCUACAGUGUGGCAGACCUUGAAUGGGAUGCAGGUCAUAAGACCAAUGUCCAACAAUGUUAUUGCUACUGUGGAGGCCCUGGAGACUGGUAUUUAAAGAUGCUACAAUGCUGCAAAUGUAAGCAGUGGUUUCAUGAGGCUUGUGUGCAAUGCCUUCAAAAGCCAAUGCUAUUUGGAGACAGGUUUUAUACGUUUAUUUGCUCUGUCUGCAGUUCUGGACCAGAAUACCUCAAACGUCUACCAUUACAGUGGGUAGAUAUAGCACACCUAUGCCUUUACAACCUAAGUGUUAUUCACAAGAAGAAAUACUUUGAUUCUGAACUUGAGCUCAUGACAUAUAUUAAUGAAAACUGGGAUAGAUUGCAUCCUGGAGAGCUGGCAGACACACCAAAAUCUGAAAGAUAUGAGCAUGUUCUGGAGGCAUUAAAUGAUUACAAGACCAUGUUUAUGUCUGGGAAAGAAAUAAAGAAGAAGAAGCAUUUGUUUGGGUUGCGAAUUCGUGUUCCUCCUGUGCCACCAAAUGUGGCUUUCAAAGCAGAGAAAGAACCUGAAGGAACAUCCCAUGAAUUUAAAAUUAAAGGCAGAAAGGCAUCCAAACCUAUAUCUGAUUCAAGGGAAGUAAGCAAUGGCAUAGAAAAAAAAGGAAAGAAAAAAUCAGUAGGUCGUCCACCUGGCCCAUAUACAAGAAAAAUGAUUCAGAAAACUGCUGAGCCACCUUUGGAUAAGGAAUCAAUUUCAGAGAAUCCUACCUUGGAUUUACCUUGUUCUAUAGGGAGAACUGAGGGAACUGCACAUUCAUCCAAUACCUCAGAUGUGGAUUUCACGGGUGCUUCCAGUACAAAAGAAACUACCUCGUCUAGCAUUUCCAGGCAUUAUGGAUUAUCUGACUCCAGAAAAAGAACUCGUACAGGAAGAUCUUGGCCUGCUGCAAUACCACAUUUACGGAGAAGAAGGGGUCGUCUUCCAAGAAGAGCACUCCAGACUCAGAACUCAGAAAUUGUAAAAGAUGAUGAAGGCAAAGAAGAUUACCAAUUUGAUGAACUCAACACAGAGAUUUUGAAUAACUUAGCAGAUCAGGAGUUGCAACUCAAUCAUCUAAAAAACUCCAUUACCAGUUAUUUUGGUGCUGCAGGUAGAAUAGCAUGUGGUGAAAAAUACCGAGUACUGGCUCGUCGGGUGACACUUGAUGGAAAGGUGCAGUAUCUUGUGGAAUGGGAAGGAGCAACUGCAUCCUGACUGUAGGACUGAACAUUAUGUUCACUGCACUCUCAUUCUCUGUAGGUACAGUUCAAAGUCCUAAAGGAGUCUGGCUUUUACUAUCUUUCUUAAAAAAAAAAAAAAAAAGUCAAAAAAAUUCACAAAAGGAAAUGAUACUAGCCUUAACAUGUACCUGUCAAUGUUAUGGAUAUUGUCAUAAAAAAGAUAUCUUUUAAAAAUCAGAACAGAGACUUAAUUUUUUAAAUCUUAAGAUUUGUAGAAUGUUUCUAGGAUAGGAUAUUAAAGAUGAUUCAAAUCCAUGCAUGGUGUUAGAUAAUUUUUCUAAUUAUUCCAUUGAGUCAGUUUUUGUGAUUAGUGGUUAUCAGAUCAAACAGAUCAUGUAGAUAGAUAGCACAAGUAUAUGGAGAAACGUUGUCUGUUUUGUUACCAAAAUGUUGGAAAAAAUUUAUUUCAAUACCUUUCAGAUUUCAUAAAGUGCAGUGUAUAUAAUGCCUACUAAAAAACUGUAAAAUAUUGAAAUUUUCUUUCACGCAAAGUGUAAAAAAUAUAUUGAGCCUGUAAAUUGCUCUGUGACUAGACUUCAUUGUCGUCUUAAUAUAUUCUUUGCAUGUGCAUAUAUGUACACAUGUGUGUAUAUAUAUGUGUGUGAUUAUGUGACCUAUGCAAUACAAAUUAUGGGAAUGGGCAGCUUUGGAGUAUAUAUCCCAUAAUUCUUUUUUCAGGAAUAGUUGCAGUAUUUACACAGCAGCAUUUCUUCUCAGGCUUUUAUUGGGUGCUGUUGCUUGCUAUGUAUGAAGAGAAAUGUGUCAAACAAGUUUAAAGUUUAGUGUGUUCUGAAGAAGGGUGUGAACAACAGUGUUCAUGGGCUUUUAGAAUGCUUUUCACUUUCAGUCCUUGUAACUCAGCUGUUCAGUACCUAAAACCAAUUCAAAUAAUAUGAACAUUAUCUCCUACUAGAAGUAACAUUUUCAAGUUUUCAUGGCACAUUAUGAUUGUAAAUGUCUCUCAGUUUUAACAGUAAGUCUAUAGGAGUCCCGUGAAGAUUCCUGAAAUGUCUGUAGUAACUGUUAGUCAUGUUGAAUAAGUGUAGUAUGAACAAAGUAUUUUAUUGCACAGGGUUAACAAACAGUAUGUUGCCUGACAAGGCUACUGCUGUUUUAUUACAACAUUACCUCUUGUUUUUAUAAAAUGUACCAAGAUUUAAAUUGAUAACUUUAUUUUACAUGUAAAAAAACAGUUUCUUUUAUCACCAGUGUUAGAGUUGUCUUCUGUUUCUUUUUGUUUUGUUUUGUUUGUUUGUUUUCUUUUUUAGCCAAAGAGUAAACAGAAGAAUAUUCUUAUUUUGGUGGCUGUUCAUUUUACUCUUAAAAGUGAUUGGUGGAUUUUAGCCUAAAAAUUGGGGAAUUUGCCGCCAAAAUGAAAAAUAUGUAAAGUGUAGUGGUUACAGAGCGGUAAAAAUGUGGGUUAGUACUUAUUUAUUCCAUUGAUUGAUUAUUUGACUGUUUAUAAAGAAAGUUGCUUUAUUUCUUUAAACAUCUUCAAAAGAUGACCUUUUCUUGUCACAUUAUAGCCAAAAGAAGCAGAGAACUUCGUUGUCCUGCAUUUGGUUCCUGGUUGGCCAGGUAUAAAUGAGCUUUACAAAAGUGCAAAUUAAAAACUGUCACUUCUGUUUACCUCCACCAAAACUUGAUUUUCCCCUAGCUAUUAAUUUAAAGUUGCCUUUCCUGCAGCUGCAAUAUUUUGAAUAACACACAGAGUUUGUGUUGAUUUUGAAUGUUUGUUUAUAUCUAGGGGUAAUGGAAAAUGUAAAUCCCGUGUAACCUUAUUCACUCCACCUGUAUCAUAUUAUUUCAUUUUCCCCAAAGUCCUUUAAUUCUAACUGAACACCAGCAGUAUUUUUAGUAACUCUUUCUUUAGUAUACAUGGAAGAUGAUUUAUUAAGCUGAACUGUCUUUAGACGUAAUUAUUGUGAAUGUCUGUUUUAUUUUAUCAUGGUGGUUCACAUGGCUCUGAUGUUCAGUUUGUAUUUUUGGAAUUGCUUUACUUAGAAUUAAAACAGACCAACAUUAAAUGUGUGUAUUUUUUAAAGAGCUAAUGAGUUUUGCUUCUGUAUUUGCUUGAAAAUACACACUGAUGCAGUAGAUGACUGCUUUUAUUUAGCCAGGGAGCUAAGGAUUGUUCCACUUCCACUGUAAAUAUGUUCACUUGAAUUAAUCUUUAUGAAACUUGGCUUUCAUUUUCCUCUUGUCCCUCAAAUAAUAAUUAUUGCAUGUUCAUCUAAAAGGAUCCUUUAAAAAAUAAACUGUUUAGCCAGCUCGUA